CAUUUCAGAUCACAAAUCCCCACCUCAUUGUCAAUGAAUUUUUUGCUGAACUGUGCACCUAAAAUGGUUAAUAAAAAGAUCCCAGGGAGCAGGUUGCACUGUGUUUAAUAGUAACACAAUAAAGAUUUUUUGACUGUCAUUCAAUGGAGAAGAACAUCAUUUAUUGCUGGCCACUUGCCUUGACAUUGAUUUUGUGGGCAGCGAAUAGGUGACAGUUUGGAAAGAACGCAUGUUAUGCCCAGCAAGAUUGGUGGAGUCUGAGUUGCUCUUUCACCCUGGUGAGACUGUCCAGAUCUAGUCUGCAAACCCAGCUUAGAAGCACUGUUGUAAAAAUGACUGAAGAGCCCACCAAGGAGAUCCUGGGAGCCCCAAAGGCUCACAUGGCGGCGACGAUGGAGAAGAGCCCCAAGAGUGAAGUCGUGGUCACCACAGUCCCCCUGGUCAGUGAGAUUCAGUUGAUGGCUGCUACAGGGGGUACCGAGCUCUCCUGCUACCGCUGCAUCAUCCCCUUCGCUGUGGUUGUCUUCAUCGCUGGCAUCGUGGUCACCGCGGUGGCUUACAGCUUCAAUUCCCAUGGCUCCGUCAUCUCCAUCUUUGGCCUGGUUGUUCUGUCAUCUGGACUUUUUUUACUAGCCUCCAGCGCCUUGUGCUGGAAAGUGAGACAAAGGAGCAAGAAAGCCAAGAGACGGGAGAGUCAGACAGCUCUCGUGGCAAAUCAGAGAAGCUUGUUUGCUUGAGACUGAAUAAGACCAAAUGGGCUAUUGGGCCUGGAAAACCUGCUCUGACUUUGUCACCCAAUUCACCCAGAACCAUGGUGGGAGAGAACAGAUUUGGCAUUGGAGCAGACUGGAAGAAUAGGGGUGGGAGGGUGGAGGGGCUUCUCCUUUGUGAGGAAUGACUCAUGUCUUCUUUAACGACAAACUUAAUCCUAAGGGCUAUUUCUGAGACUGCAAAAUCAGCUUUCUAUUUACAUUAAACAUUUUGGGGGUCAUGGGAGUGCACGGCAUUAGACAGCGUUUGGUUCACCCUGUAAAGUAGCCAAGAAAAGAUGAGAAAAUAACAAGAUAGGCCUGGCACACUAGACAUUUGCCUCCAAAAGAAAUAACCCACAGUCUUAAGAUGUACCAUAAAAAUGUUCUGCCAAGGAUCUAAAUUACCUUGGGCUUCGCAUGUAUCUAUGAAAUUCUGUGAUAAUUUUUUGCAAUACAUUGAUUCACUGGCAUCUGUUUUUAUUUUUCACUUUUAAUAACUCAUCACUGGUGGUACUUUAUCUUGAAGAGUAAACUAAUAUUUUUUAUAUUUUAACACUGGACAGUUUUAGCCAGUUGUAAUGAUGUGUCAGAAGUAAAGAAAAACCCAUUAAAGGUCUAGCUAAUAGAUGCUGUUGGGGGCUAAAUUAACAGUAAAAUAAUCCAAUAUAGCACUUUUGAUGAUUUUUAUAUAAAAAUCAAGUAUACAUUUCAUUCAGAAUAAUAAAUACUUAUUGCUGCUAAAACUUCUUAAAUGGUUGUUUCUGUUGUAGUUAUUUCUAUUGCAGUUCCAAAUUGCUAUAUUCCCUUGUCUCAUUUGCAAGUUCUCAAUUAUAUUUCUCUCAAAUGGACAGGUUCCUUCUUCUUUACUGGAGGUUUUUUGUUUUUAUCAUAUUGGUUUUUCAUUACUUCUGAAUAGUCUUAAUUACGUUUACUAAAUUCUAAAGGAGUUCUGUGCUAUUAUAAUUAGGAAAUCAAUGUCUUUGGUCAGGAACUUUAUAAUGUGCUAUUAAAUGUAUAUUACAUUUUUGUGGAA